AUGCCCUACGUCAAAAACUUGUCUUUUCAGACGAAAGAUCUCGGCAAGAAAUCGACGCUCCUGUUGACUUUUGAUAGCAGCGUCAAAGGCCUUUACCAGACAUGCUUUCCUACCGUAUGUUGGCUCACCACCUUCGGACAGACAGGCUCGUACAGGAUAUGUGUAACCUAUUCGAGCCAACCACAACUCAAAAAUGGGAACAUCAUUGACGCUGAAACCUGCGUGGAGCUCAACGAUGGCGAAAAAACUACACUGACUCGAGAUAGUAGUGUCUUCCAGUUCUCUAAUCCCGUGAAGGGAGUCCCUGGAUACCUAGAAGCUCUGAACGAUUCUGGAUCCAUUCAAGACAUCGCACUCGGCUUCAAGAGCCCGAGAGAUUCGAUGCCUACACCGGUUCUAUACUUCAAGGAAGUCGAAGACGCCAGUAAAAUCGUGGCUGAGUUCACUCCAAUCCUGCGCGCCUACGUCACUGCAGAUUAUCAACAUACCACGAUCUUGCAAGAAGCCAUCGAAAUCCCUGCGAUUUGGGAGCAAAAUAUUGCUUCGCUUUCUGAGUCUACGACAUGGAAUCUUACACGGGACACAGCCACCGGACGUUACAAUCUCACUCAGGCGGAUGAAGGCACGUUAAAUUCGAGCAUCAAGCCCACUGUUGUUGGAGCAUGAUUCGAAUUCUUUUGCUAUCAUUUUAUUACGUCCCUCAUUAAAUUACUGAAUGUCGGCUUCUGAGAGCCUGUUGCACGGGUAUGAAUUCAAUAUAUUUACAUGUACUAGUAUUUCAUCAUGUUUGAAUUCGCGUGGUGUAAGUACAUCCGUACGUAUCUCGAGCUCAGAGCUGUUGAUAUAAUCUAUCUUUGCGUCCCUGUUCCACCGGGCCACGCCGCCACGGUCCACGGUCCAUGAUGCAUGAUGCACGCACAUGGAUGAGCGCUAAUUACAUAAC